CCCCCAGAGUUAAAGCAAAAGCACCAUUUCAAAGAGCUUCUUUGGAGAGGACUUGAGAACUCAACUCAUUCAAAAGAAGAAGCAGAAUCCCAGAGUGUGGUGACUCUCCAGGAGUUACACAGGUCACUAACGGCAGAGGAAAUUUGGAAUUCGGUUUGCUGAAUCCUUUCCAGCAGUUAACAGAGAGAAGCUGUGUCCCCAGCAGUGUAAGAGACGAGACUGAAAUUUAGAGCCGUGCUCCUGAGGAGGAACCCAGAAGAGGCCGUAGUGUGCAGUGGUUAAGAGCGAGCGUGGUGGGGUCGGACAGACUUUGAACUGGAUGCCCCUCUGCCCAAAACCUUUAGCACCGUGACCUUGGCCUUCCUAACCUCAAGGUCUUGUGGGUCCCUAAGUCCCAGAUCCCCUGAACAUGGCUGCUGCUCAGGACAACACUCUGAGGAUUGUUCUUGUAGGGAGAACUGGAAGUGGGAAAAGUGCAACAGCAAACACCAUCAUUAAGAAGCAACUAUUUACUUCUAAAAUUUCUGCUGACGCUGUUACCAAGAAGUGUCAAAAAGCAUCCCGGAAAUGGAAAGGGAGGGACCUUCUUGUUGUUGACACCCCAGGGCUCUUUGACACCAAGGAGAAACUGGAGACCACCUGUAGGGAAAUCAGCCGGUGUGUCCUCUUCUCCUGCCCUGGGCCUCACGCCAUCGUCAUGGUUCUGAGGCUGGGCCGCUACACACAGGAAGAGCAGAAUACCAUCGCAUUGAUCAAGGCUCUCUUUGGGAAGGCUGCCAUGAAGCACAUGAUCAUCUUGUUCACUGGCAAAGAUGAUUUGGAGGGUCAGAGACUAAGCGACUUUAUAGCAGAGGCGGAUGUGAAGCUGAGAAGCGUGGUCCAGGAGUGUGGGGACCGCUUCUGUGCCUUCAACAACAGAGCAGACGAAGCCGAGAAGGAAGCUCAAGUGCAGGAGCUGGUGGAGCUGAUAGAGAACAUGGUGCAGAAGAACAGAGGGACUUACUUUUCAGACGCCAUAUACAAGGACACAGAGCACAGGCUGAAACUACAGGCAGAGAUCUUGGAGAAAAUCUACACUGAUGAAUUAAACCAUGAAAUUGAACUAGUAGAAAAGGAAUUUGCUGAUAAACUGCAAGAAAAAGAGGAAAAACUUAAAUCACUGAAGAAGAAAUAUGAGGAACGAAUAAAAAAUAUAAGGCAAGAAGCUGAGAGUAAUAUAUUCCAAGAUGUUUUAAAUGGGAUUAUGAAGAUGCUUUCAAAAAUAUGGCAUAUGUUUUGGAAGUAAUGUAAAUUUCAUUUUUUUCUUAAUCUGCUAUGAUUUGUAAUGUGGUGGAUUAUGUUUUCCAAAGAUGGUUUCUACAGUGUCUCUUAUCCUACUUAUUCUUCUGCUAUCUGACCUUGUUACUCCUUUCAUUGAGUUAACGGAUCUGUGCCCCUUACCCUGAAAUUGGAUGGACUUUGUGACUGCUUUGAUAAAUAGAGGAUAGUUGAAGCAACACCAUGUGACUGCUCAGGUUCAAGAGGGAAUUGACUCAUUGCUCUCUUGUCAUGCUUGCCUUUGGAACUUGGCCACCAUGUUGUGAGGGAGCCCAAGUUGCCCAUGGGAAGGCCCACAUACAAGGAUUUCAAGUCAUGGGCCCACUUCCCUGGAUGAUCUUUCAUCUGCCAGCCUCGCAAGUGAGGUAACACAGAAGUGGACUGUCCAGCUGCCAACUGAGCCACCUCUGAUGAAGAUGCAAAGAGCAAAGAUGAGCCACUCACACUGAGUCCUGCCCAAAUUGCAGAUUCAUGAGAAAAAUAAAGGAUUCUUGCUGUUUUAAACCACUAAA